AAACAUAACCUAGAAAAGUACACGUGUUUUGUGCUUUACUCGCAGUUUACUAUGGUUUUGUUUAUAGAAAUUCUCUGUAUCUUUCUGUAUAAUCGGUGAAGUUUGUGAAGUUUUUUAUGCAAUAAAUAUGCGUGAUAAUUGUUCAAUAUUUGAUUAAUGCUAAGCAGUUAAAUAUUAACUUGAACUCUUGUCAAAUAAAUUUAAAAAAUAUUCCUUGUAAAAAGUUUAAAUUUUUUGUAAACAGCAAUGGAAAAAUCGUAUAGAUUGAUAUUAAAAAAUUUAUCAUCAAGCGUUAAGGAUGAGAAGAUUUCAGAAUUAUUUAGCAUAUUUGGAAAAGUUGAAAAAGUUGAAUUGAAGGAGAAAAAAGAUGCUUGGGAAAGUGACAAAAUCAACAGAUUUGCUUUUGUUACAAUCAAUACUUCGGAUAAAAACUUAAAUACUUGUUUUAGAGAAGUAAAUGAAACUCUCAUAGAAGGAAAUCGCUUGCACGUUGAAAUAGCAAAAGAAAGUUUCCUACAACGUGUACAAAGAGAAAGAGAAGAGGUCAAAGAAAAAAAAGAAGGCAAAGUUAUAGAGCCAAAAUUCGAGCCAAAUAAUAGUAAACCAAUCGAAUUUAACAAUGCCGGAUAUAUAAAUCAACAGUCAAAAUUUAAGAGUCAUAUCACAGAAACUAGCGAAACUAACGAGAAACAUUUCGUAAAACCUAAAAAGUUUUAUGAUACUGAAGAAAGUUUCACAGAAAAUGAGAAUUUCACAAAUUAUGUGGAGCCAGAUUAUGACGGUAACCAUUUUGCAAAACCCAAUAAGUAUUCUAGAAAUAAAGAAAGGUUUUCAGAAAAUCACAAUUUUGAAAAUUACGUUGAGCCAGAUUAUAAAGAGAAAAGGAAACGCAGAAGUGAAUUUUUACCUCCUGCUGCACCAGACAAAAGAAAAAGUUUUGAGAACAAAUUCAAUGAAACUGUGGGGAAGAAAGGGAAGCAAAUUAAUGUUGAAAGUCCUGUAAUUAGCGAAUCUGAAAGAAAACGUUUAGCAUCGUUGAAAGCAAAAAAAGAAGCGUUCAAGGCAAAAGAACAAGCAGUGCGAAAUGCUUUAAAAAUGGUCGAUACGACAAACAGAAGCAAGAAGAUAAUUUUUGACGACUUAGAAUCGACUGAGGAUAAUGAGACUUCAAAAAAACGGAAAUUGUGCUGGGAGAGCGACGAAGAAGAGGAAGAAUUCAAAUUCCCAGAUGACAGUGAACUUAACUCAAAAUCAAAGACCAUGUUUUCUAAACUUCAAUCAACAACUGGAAAUGAUAAGCGAUUUACUUUAGACGAACGUUUUAUGGAAGAUGAGGAUAAGGAAGAAGAAACAGUUCAGGAAGAAGAGACUGAAAUUGCCGCAGAAAGAAAAAUGCAGUUAGGAAUUUUGGAGGAUGUACUUGGAAACCCAAUUUCUACUGAAAUGAAAAAUCACAACGAUAGAGGUUUCAAAAGGGCAAACAUGAUCAGGUACGAUCCAACCGAGGAAAGUCAUCACCAGUAUGAAAUUGCACCACAAAAACCGGAGAAGCUUAAAAAGCAGAUAAAAUCAGAAACUGAAAAUGUGAAAGAAGCUGAACCUUUACCAGUUUCGAAAGAAGUUUUCUAUUCAGUUUCUGAUAAGUUGACAAGUGUUUUAGCAGAAGGAGAAAAUUUCAGUGUAUUGAAAAUGCUCGGCAAAGAAUCAACAGAUCCAAGUAUCGUGAAGCCUGAAAUUCCCUACAUAUGUGAGCCAAUGGAACAGAAAUUUGGAUUUAAUUUCGAUUCCAAUAAGGCGUUCAAAUAUGAUUCUUCAGACGACGAGGAACCAAAUGCGGAUUCUUCUGCCAAAGGAAACAAAUUUAAAUCUGAGCGUGAUUCUUCUCAUUUUUAUGGAAAGGAUGAUAAAUUUUUGUUUGCUCUCGACGAUCCCCGUUUUAAAGAAUGUGAAGAAUUUUUCAGCAAGCGAUCAGAGCAAAGUGAAGAUUUAAAAACCCUUCGACCCAUAUUAAAGCAAACAAUACGCAAAAGAAUUCAGACGAAUAUGAAGAAAAAUAACCAUCUCUUCCGUAAGAAGCAACAGAGAAAAGAAACGAGAGAUCAAUACAAAUUUAGACCUAAAUAAGGAAACAAAUAAAACUUGUUUAAAAAAUA